UUAGAACAAAUCCGUUCUCUUCUUCUCCAUUCCUCUCCCUCCGAAAACCCUAAUUUUAUCUUCUUCAUCUCUCCCUCUCCGUGUAUAUUCUCGUUUUACGAUGACCAGUUGAAAUCGUGAACAGAUCGAUAAAUGGAGACAGAUGCGUGCGAUGUAAACCAGCUCGAAUCCGAUGCGCUUCUUCCUCCUCGGAAGCGUUUGCUCGCAGGAUUGAAGAAGCAGAAUUUCAAUGGCAAUGGAUCUCCGAGCCCUCCUCCUCCUCCUGCAGGUGGAGUUUCGUCCUCCUCUACUUCAAAUGGCUCCUCUGGCUCAGCCAAUGUGCAAACCCAUCUUGACAACAUACUGGUGUCGCAUCUCAACGACCCGAAUCUCAGGCCUGAGGAUAUCGCUGAGUCCUCGAGGUCUGCUGCUGCUGCCGCGGCUAAGAAUGCAAAGGUGGCGAGAGCCGCCGCAGAAGAGAAGGCCUUGAUCGCUGCCAAGGCCAUUGCUGCGGCCAAGAGUGCUUUAGAAUUGUUUUACUCUUUCACUGAGGAGGUAAUUAGUGGGAAGGAUAGGUCUCCGAGGAAGAAUAAGCAGAAGAAGCAUGUUCAGCAGAAGAAGCAUGUUCCAGUUGAGCUCUUGUAUUCGAAUACAAAGGAUCCUGGUGCUGUGGAUGAGGAUUUAGCGCGUAGGUUACACCGAGCUAUAAAUAGUUCCCCUAGAGUGUUGAGGACUAGCCCUAGUCCUGAGGGGAAGGGUCACAAGAACAAGAAACAUAAGGCCAUAGUUACUUCUGAGAAUCCGAUGGUUGAAGUUGGGAGUAGUGUAGUAUCUGGUUCUAUGUUCAGGGAGCAUGACAUUGCUGGGGUCGUGGAUUCAGACAGCUCGAACGACAAUGAUUUGGACAAAACCAGAGCAAACGAGAAGACACCCGUUUGCCACAAGGGCAAGGGAUCAGAUCCAGACAACAUGGAAGAAGAUUCGACUCCAUUGCAGGACAAAAUAGGGGAUGAAAGCAACUCAUUGGGUAAGAGAAGGGGAAGAGUGAAGCUAAAGAAGCUGGCUUUAAGCAUUUGUAAUACUAAGGAUCAAGAAAAUCACAAGGAAGGACUCGUCAAAAGCUCCCAGUCUACAUUGCACGAGAAGGACGCUUCCGGAAAUAGAAACAACGGUAAGUCGCUGGCUCAACCCGAGUGUUGUGCCAGCGAAGGCGUGAUUCCGGUCGUAUCAGGACCAUCAUGGAAAUGCCAAGAUUUGAAGGCUCCUGAAUGUGCAAAGCAAAACAAAGCCGUCCGUUCUUAGUGAAUGUCUCGUGUGACAGCGAGAUCGGUUCGAUCGGCUUUAGACGAGACUGCCACUGGAGUGUCGGCCUUGUGUUAGCAGUACCUUGUGCUUCUGCCAAUAAAUUUGAGUCCGUACUGACCAAGUGCCGGACCCAACGACGGAUCCGGUCCGUCUCCGCUCCGACGAGCGGAACCGUCAGCCUUAUCGUCGCCGCCACCGGACGCCGAGUCAGGAUCUCCUUCAGAGCCGCCAUUGUCGGGGGAAUUCCGAGAUCGGCCUCUUUCUCCGCAAGUAAAAUUCCAGGCUCCAGGGUUCUAAGCCUUGAGUCUGGGCCUUGUUUUGGGCCUUUGAGCUUAAUCAAUAGGCCCAAUUCAGAGCAGUCCCUACCCAGUCAAGCCUUCAUCCUUGGAAAGAAGACCUUGUUGAAUUGGAUUUUAUACGUAGGAUGGCAUUUGGGAUUUCGGUUCGUUAUUUUCUAAUUCGGUUUGGAAACAAUUUAGUCGGUUAUAUAAUAAUUGUAUUAAAUUAGAAUGGAUGUGAA